AUGCUUACAUACAUACCCGGUACUUACUGUAAGUUACCAUACCGCCCAAGCGCCAGCCAGACGGAUAGGACAGCUUUCUUCUCUUUCUCAAUCUUAAACGUGGAAGGAGUCCCAGUCCUCCUUCUCAUCAUUAUACCCUCCAUCGCUGGGGCCAAGCUUCACGGAGGCUGCUCCAGUCUGAGGAAAGCCCCAUCUGCCCGGGUUCCUGAAGGGCUAAAUCAAGGGAAGUUGGAAGUAUUAUCGAAACCGGUCAGUUCAUCUGCUCUGCCCCAUUCGGCCUGCUCGUCAUGUCCUCUCCCUCUCUGUCUUUCUGUCUCUCUUUCUUUGGCUGUCACUGGCUCUUGCUGGGCUUGUUCAUCCCCAUCUCAUCCUGCGGCUCCUUUCUCCCCUUUCCUUCGAUUCCGCUCAGUUCCUGCUCUGCUCCCUUCCCUCGUUGAUCCCGACAUUCCAUUGGCUAACAUUUCAGUCCCUAGUUCGCCGUGCAUCGUCCAAAGUUCCCGAUUUAGCUUUUCGGAGCCAGUCCUAUCCCGAGCUUCGUCGAGAACUACCGUGUUCGCUCGCCGCGGUCGCUUGCCUUACCUUUGCCUGCCUGCCUGCCUGCACCGCCAUCAUUCCAAGCCUCCCUUCCUUGUCGUCGCCUCUUCCUCGUCUUUCUCCGCAUCGCUAACCGGACGACUCAAUGCUAUUGGAACAGAUUGGUCUGCAUAUGGUCUGAUCUCUCUGGGAGUGGCUUUCGUUGUAUAUGGAGGAGCUGGUCUCCCCAACGCCCGUUUGAGUGAUAGUAUAUUGUCCAGCCUUCUGCGGCUGGAGGAGAUGUACACCUCGCUAGGGCUCUUCCUUUGCGUGGAUAUAUAG